CCAUCAGACACACACACGCCAAGAUGUCUUCCAAAGAUCCCCUCGUCUGGAUCGAUUGCGAAAUGACGGGCCUCGAUCCCGAUAAGGACACCAUAAUGUCUCUUGCCUGUUUCGUCACUGACCACGACCUCAACAUGUUGGACAAGGAUGGGUAUGAGGCGAUCAUACACCACAACAAAGAGGAUCUUGACCGCAUGGGCGAGUGGUGCACGAAGCAUCAUGGCGAUUCUGGGCUGACUGAAGCCUGCAUCAAUUCCACCACCACGGCCGAACAGGCCGCCGAAGGCCUAUUGGAGUACAUAAAGACACACGUGCCGAAUACUCGUUCAGCACUGCUGGCUGGUAACUCGGUCCAUGCUGACAAGUCGUUCUUGGUCAAGCAGCCGUACAACGUUGUUACGGACUAUCUUCAUUACCGGAUCCUGGACGUCUCCAGCAUCAAAGAGGCCGCGCGUCGAUGGGCACCUACUGAGGUGUUGAAGAAGGCGCCUAGUAAGAAGAUGUUACAUGAAGCGAGGGCGGACAUCUUGGAAAGUAUAGAGGAAGCCAAAUAUUAUCGGGGAGCUUUCUUCAUCAAGCAAGCAUAAUGCACACUUUGAUCCUGUGGCAGUCCAUAGUUUGUGAUCAAUAUGAUUGUGAUUUUCCGGUGGACGAAACGGUCGUGUAUAUAGAUAGCUGCCACAAUCGUGGGACUUGCUUGUACGCUUCAGGAACCAACAGGUGCGACAUAUCAUCCGC